AUGGUUUACCGGUAUCGCUUUGGAUCUACCACCCUUCUUCCACGAAGUUCCCUAUGGUACACAGACCUAUGGACCUAUCAGGAGGAAUCACACGGUGAUAACUACGAGAAGUUCGCUAAUGCAGUCUUGCAACUUUACCCAGGAUUCCGGGGUACGCACUACUAUCGACAGGAACCAGUUGAAGUCAUCAUCGAUGAAGCAUCAGAAGCUAAGUCCCCCAUACCCGUCCCAUCUGCUGAGGUAUCCACAUCCACCACAGAUGAUCUGCUCUCUGAGGAAUACGUCCAUUGGAGCGACAUAUUUGACCCUUUUACAGACGAAUCAACAUUUAUUGAUGAACUACUGUUCUUUGACGACAUCGAACCAUCCGCUAUUUUGCAGGCAUCGGAUAGCGGAUCCGAUACUUACCCACAGAUCAUCGCACCACUAGCCAGCUUGACCCAUCCACUUAUAGAUUCAAAUCCAUCUGACAGAACCGCACGUAUUACUAAUGAUUCCGCUUUAUCUGAUUAUCCAUCCGCCGUUUUCGCAUUACAUGACCCUAGCUUGCUCCCAGUACUCCAUGUAGUUACUCGGGAGGCAGGUGUGAUGGAUGUCAAUUUUCCAUCCGCCGUUUUCGCAUUGCAUGACCCUAGCUCGCUUCCAGUACUCCGUGUAGUUACUCGGGAGGCAGGUGUCAUGGAUGUCGAUUUUCCAUCCGCUGUUUUAAUCAUUGCAUUCAUAUUGCGGGUUCUGUCUAUUUUAUGUCCGGGUCUCUCAAGGAGACAUCUCAAGUUUAGUUCCGCAUUUCCAUCCAAUGAUUUUCGGGUCAUCCGGGAUAUUCCCGAUGAUCGCAUAGGGUUAUUAGCAUUGUACCCACACAGUCAUUUUAACAAUCCACAUCGAAUAGAAUUCAGUUCCAACCCGCAGUCACACAAAGCCUAUCAACCCGUGUCUACGCUGCACAUGUCACCAUCACACAUCUCAUCCACACUUUCUGCACUUAGGAUACAUCGGAUAGCAUCGAUCCAAACCUUACAGGAAACCACACACACUGCAUUCCGAGCACACAACCGACCUCCAUCACAUGCACCCACACCUUCCGAUACAACCCACUCCAAUACAUAUGAAUCAGGGAUACAUCUGGACAAGCGGAUCCCUCAUAUAGUGCAACAGUCAUACUAG